GUUAGUCGCCUGCCUAUUUUCAUAUUCAUUAGAACUGGGAGGUUGCCCGAAGAGCCCAGCUGAGUUUCAAGAUAUAAAAGCGACUUCGGGUGCCCCCUUUCCAGCCGGGACGUAUUAAAGGGCUCGGAGCCGGGCAGCUCCCGGCGCCGAAGCGCUCGCUUCCCCUUCCCUCCUCUGCCCUCCCUUCUCCCGCCCACUUGCUCCCUCCCCCAGCGCUCUCCAGCCUCCGCGCCCCUGGAGCUCCGCAACAACCUUCCAGGAUUAUGGAGUUUCUGAGCGAGAAGUUUGCCCUCAAGAGCCCGCCGAGUAAAAACAGUGACUUCUACAUGGGCGCAGGAGGCGCAUUGGAGCACGUUAUGGAGACGCUGGACAAUGAGUCCUUUUACAGCAAAGCGUCGGCGGGCAAAUGCGUGCAGGCCUUCGGGCCCCUGCCCCGCGCCGAGCAUCACGUGCGCUUGGAGAGAGCCUCGCCCUGUCAGGACAGCGGCGUGAACUAUGGCAUCACUAAAGGUGAAGGACAGCCUCUUCAUCCUGAGCUAAACAGAGCUAUGGACAACUGUAACAGUCUCCGAAUGUCUCCCGUGAAGGGGAUGCCAGAAAAGGGAGAACUAGAUGAACUUGGGGAUAAAUGUGACAGCAACGUAUCGAGCAGCAAGAAGCGGAGACACAGAACCACCUUCACCAGCCUGCAGCUCGAGGAGCUGGAGAAGGUCUUUCAGAAAACCCAUUACCCGGAUGUAUACGUCAGAGAACAGCUUGCUCUGAGGACUGAGCUCACGGAGGCCAGAGUCCAGGUUUGGUUUCAAAAUCGAAGGGCCAAGUGGAGAAAAAGAGAACGUUAUGGCCAAAUACAACAAGCUAAAAGCCAUUUUGCUGCCACCUAUGAUAUAUCAGUUUUGCCAAGGACUGACAGCUAUCCACAGAUUCAGAACAAUUUGUGGCCAGGAAAUGCGAGUGGCGGUUCUGUGGUUACUUCAGGCAUGUUACCACGUGACACUUCCUCGUGUAUGACACCUUAUUCUCACUCGCCCCGGACAGAUUCCAGUUACACAGGGUUUUCACACCACCAGAACCAGUUCAGCCACGUGCCCCUCAACAAUUUUUUCACUGACUCUCUUCUGACUGGGGCUACCAAUGGACAUGCAUUUGAAACAAAGCCAGAAUUCGAAAGGAGGUCUUCCAGUAUUGCAGUCCUUCGAAUGAAAGCCAAGGAGCACACUGCCAAUAUUUCAUGGGCCAUGUAACAUACAGUACUCUUUUAUUUUUCUUUUAAUGGCAAAGUAAAACAUUCUAUUUCUCAUAUUUAAAGGAUACCACAAUAAGCUGCUGUGUGUGGAAUUGCUAAAGGUCAAGAUAUACAGUGAGACCAGCUUAAAUGAAUAGUCGUUAUUAUUUAACAUUAAAAUCUAAGAAUGAACCUCUGGAAAGACUAAAUAGAUUUACCAUCCAUCAGUCUCCACAAACGCUGUUUUAGUAGUAACGUUUUUUUUUUCUAUUGUACAAGUCGAUGAAAUACGAUCAUGCAACUUCUUAAAAGAAUAAAUGUAUUAAACAAAUUCCUCUGUUAUAGAUUGAUUUAUGUCAGUUCUGAAUAACAAGAAAUCCCUUGUAAAAUAAUACCUGAUAAAGGAGGAAAUGCACUGGGGAACAGGUCCAGAUACCAAAGCUGUCAGGUAGAUAUUGAAGCAGCAUGUUUCGGGGAGUUCACUGUUAUUUCUCCCUCUCUGGCUGUAAGACACAAUGGCAUAGCCCCUGUUGCUGAGAAUUUAUCUUCGGGUCUCAAAGGUUUUUUACCUAUGGAUGUUUUGGUGAAUUUCCAUUCCGUGAAAUGGCACUCUCCUACAAUGACCAGCAUUUGCAUGAAAUAUUUGGGCAUAGUUUCCUGAAACCAUGUGGCUAAAGGUGAUAACUGAAAUAUUCCAGUGUGAUUUAAAAUCUAGUCAGGAGAGUAGUUUCUAUAAAUGCCAUCUUUUACAUGAAAAAGCACCGACUCAGCAGAAAAGCCAACACUGACUCAACUCACCGAUUUAGUAUUAACACACUAGAAAAAAAAGUAAGUUACAAAACCUCCUGCUUUUAAGCUAAAAUUGUGUCGAUUACACUGUACACACAAACAUCUAAUAAAUACACGAAAAGAAGCAUUUUUGACGUGUAACAUUAUGCUUUAUUAUAUUAUGAAACAUUUUCAGUUAAAAGAGCAGCAAAUCUGAAUUUAUAUUUAUUUCAUAGGCUUAUGCCAGUGCACAUGUGUGCGUGUUUGUUUUUUGAUAUAUAAGCGGUAAGCAUUUUUUGCUACUGUGGUUUUGCAUAGGGAAUUAAAAUGUCAGAAGGCUCUCUAAAAUUUCUGGUGGAAAAGAAAAGAAAAAUACUUUGCAUCUGGAAAAUUGCUAACCCCUUUGAUUUACUUCUCCUCCCUUUCCCCUGUCACAUUCCAAGCUUUUUCAGAUGAGUGAAAUGUUAACCUCCUUAAAAUACUCUUAAUUCAUAAAGGCAAAGUAAAUUAAUUGAAAUGAAGAUGGCUCCCAUGGCUUGGAUCACAGCAAGUUCUGCUCUUUGUAUGCUCUUAGAAUCUUCCUUGUGGCUCCUCCAGCCUUUAGGAGUAUGCUUGGAAGCCGUAAAGGCUAAAGGACAGGAAUAAGUGAAUUUUAAAAAUUAAAUUUCAGAAAAAAGUACUUAAAUCCAGUGUCUACUUCUCAGUGGGAAAAUAUUUACAGCAGUUAGACAUCUUUUGUAAUAAAAGUUUAAAAUCAAGCAGAUGAUGAGUGAUGUCCUAAACAAACAUUCCUUGACUUCAUAAUAACUCUCUUCUUUAUUUUGUGUUCUCUCUUUUUAGUGUUCUUCCCAGGACAAACUUGUUCAACUUUGGCCCUGAGAAUUAUGCUUACAUGCAGGAGCUCUUGUUAAGGGAUUGUUUAGGCAGCUGUUAAAUAUCCUUCAUGUUUUAAAAGAGAAUGACUUGUUUUAAUAUAUUCAUAUGACUGGUCAAUAGGAAUUUGUGAACUAAAACAGAAAAGGAAAAUGUAAGAUUUUCUUUUUAAAAAUUCCCAAAUUGGGGGGCAUGGGGGCUCAGUUGGUUAAGCAGCCAACUCUUGAUUUUGGCUAAGGUCAUGAUCUCACAGUUUGUGAGAUCAAGCCCCACGUCAAGCUCUGUGCUGGCAGCACGGAGACUGCUUGGGAUUCUUUCCCCCUCCCUUCUGCCUCUCCCCCACUCGUGUGCACACACACACACACACUCUCUCAAAAUAAAUAAAUUUUAACUUGGUUUGAUGUUUACUUAUUUUUGAGAGAAAGAGAGCAAGCAGGGGAGGGGCAGAGAGAGAGGGAGACACAGAAUCUCAAGCAGGCUCCAGGCUCCUAGCUCACAGCACAGAACCCCAGGCAGUGCUUAAACCCAUGAAUCAUGAGAUCACAAUCUGAGCCGAAAUCAGAUGCUUAACUGACUGAACCACCCAGGCACCCCAUAAAUAAAUAAACUUUAAAAACAAAUAAAUACUCCCAAAUUAGUAGAGUUUAUGUUCAUUUUCUUCUGCUUUCUUAAUUGAAAUUUUAAUGUCCCUUGGCUAAUACAUUAUAUUUUUAAAAUAAGGGACAAAACUCAUUUUUGAAUCCAGUUUGAAUUUCACUUCAUCCUUAAGUUUUCCUACUGGAGAACCUACCAGAAGGGAACCUAAGGGAAGAAGUGAAAUUCAAACUUGAUCAUCUCCUAGUUUUCUCAUUAUAUUGUAAUAAUUCAUUGGAGCUUCUGUAACUCAGCUUCUUUCAAUUUUAACAACCUCUUUUUAAUUGAAGUUCUAUAUCUGCAAUGCUUUGUAUAAAUUUAAUUUAAUCAGCACAUUCUUUUUUUUUUUUUAAUGCCUACAGUGUGUGAAGUACUUUCUGGGAUAAUAAAAUAAAUAAUAGAACCAUGGUUUUUGUUCUUGAUGAGUUCACAAUCUUCCUGGACAGACACACCCAUAAAGUUUGUAUCCUCAACCAUGCCUCACAAUUUAUGAUGGCAAUAAGAAUUGAAUGCAUUUUUUGUGUUAACAUUCUGACCUUUCCUUUUCAUUGGCUGAAUUUUAUUACAUAUUUAAAUUACCAAAAUAUAAUAAAAUGAACUUCUGAUGUAAUAGGAUAAGAUAAAGCUAAAACAAAGAAUGCAUAAAAUGCACUUCCUGAAUUUUCUCUUGCUGUUUCUGAACUUAGCUUAAACCAAGUUUCAUAUACUAGAAUUCAUAUCACUUACAAAAAUGUUGAACUUACUUGGGCGCCUGGGUGGCUCAGUCGGUUGAGUG